AUGAUCCUAACAAAGGGACAAGGACAAGGACAAGGACAAGGACAAGGACAAGGACAAGGACCCCACCGGAAGUCGGAGCGUUUUUACCUGCAUUUUUGUUUCUUGAUUGGGUAAUAAAAGUAUACAGAACCUACUAUAACACAAGGACAAGGACCCCACCUGCAGUCGGAGCGUUGUUGCUGCAUUGGACCCCAGGACCCCAACGAAUGACUCGGCCUUAUUCCAUACCCCCCGAAGGGGUAUGCGGCCGAGGGGUGGAUGUGACGUAUAUAGAUCGGUGGGUACCUUCUGAAGUUCGCAAGAACUUCAAAGUUUGGGUUCGAAUCCCGGGAGAUCUUUGUUGAAUAGGCGUAGAGCGAACGCGACUCUACCCGAAGUAAUCUGCUUCUCGGGGGAUAGCUCUACGCCGGUCUCUCAUGUCGGAUAUCGGUUUUCGCAUGAGCAAUUACUGCUAUACUCAGACUGGGACGGUAUACGGGAACCCACGCGUUAGAUUCAAGCAAAGACAGUAUCUAAUGAAGCCCCCAAAGGGGGCAUUUUAGAGCUGAUUUGCUUGGCUCUAGCGCGGGGGGGG